UGCCCUUGCACUCUCUGCCCUCGCGUCCACGUGCGGCCCACGACCCACCAUACCGCCUUACCAUCCAUCCUAGACUCCUACGGUAUACCACUCUACCCCAGAUCGGAUCUUCGAGCCUGCCCGCGCGCCGACGACCCCCCGUCGCCUGACUUUGUACCUGCUAUCCGCCGCAUUGAUCUCGACCUGAGCUUCUCACAGCACCACCGACCCGGCCCCAUCCCCUACAGCACCACGACGGGAAGUCGUUUCAGUAGCGCAUCGCGUGCCUCGAGUCUCAUGUCAAGGCACCACUCUGGCAGGUUGUGGCGAAUCGGCUGCGGCCACGACUUUUAGGUCGCUGUGUAGCAUAUAAUAUACGCCGGGAGGGACUCGGGAUUGGACGUUCACAGUAUGGCGUCGUCGGAGCAGCAGCAGCAAGAGGAGGAGGGACUCCGGCAAGCAAGUCGCACGGAGAGCGAGGACAUGCCGACUCCGACUACCAGCGCCCCCGAUGCGACCACAUCUGACCACGAUCCUCCGACGACGAAUAGACCUUCGAACAUUCCUAUCGAGGACUUGCGACAUCGUUCAGCCAGCGCAGCCAAAGACCAACCACCAUCACCUGGUCAAAAUGCCGAGGCGCCGCCCAGCCCUGCAGCUACCGAUCGUGUGUUCCCAAUACGCUCCGUUGUAUCUGUCGAUCCUACGCCGACUCCUUUCACCAAGAGCGAGAAGCCAGAUGGCUAUUUCCAGACGUCGGCGUCACGAAUGUCCAGUGCCGAGGCUUUUCAUGCUGCUCGCGGGAGGUACACGGGCGAGCGUAGUGGCAGCGAAGGCGCAGGCACAUCAAGUCGACAGGGCUCGACAUCCACUACUAGCACCGCACAACAUAGUAGUCCUGCGCAAAAGAUACACUAUUCGCAGACCUUCAAUGAAAUGAUGACAGACACAGACAGUACGGGUAGUGUUCAAGAAGACAGCCUCAAACACACUAGGGCGGACUCGAAUGGACGCUUGUCGUCCGCACGGGCCCCUUCUCUGAUGAGUAUCAAGAGUAGCAUCGACGACACUGGGCCGCUAGUCACAGCACGCUUCAAACAUGUGGUGACAGACGGUGGGCACGCUAUCAUCACCGGGCGGGACGGCGAGACGCUGCAGCGGUGCGAGGACGAGCCCAUACACAUCCCUGGCGCGGUACAAGGCUUCGGCCUCCUGAUAGCACUCGAGGAGGAGCAGGAAGGAAAGUUGGUUGUCCGAACCGUCAGCGAGAAUUGCAGACGCCUCAUUGGAUUCACGCCACAGCAGCUGUUCUCUCUGGACAGUUUCACGGACAUUUUGUCCGACGAACAGGCGGAUAACUUACUCGAUCAUGUGGACUUCAUCCGUGAAGAGGAUGCCGAUGUCGUCACGAAUGGUCCUGAAGUCUUCACCAUAUCUAUCCGCAACCCAUCACGCAAGAGUCAGAAGUUCUGGUGCGCCAUGCACAUCAAUGAGCGCAACCCUAACCUGAUUAUCUGCGAAUUUGAACUUGAAGACGAUCCUGUUAAUCCUUUAGUGCCUCCCAAUGAUAUGACACCCGAGCCUCCCGAAGACACACUGGACAGUCGACCGACUGAGGAAGAGUAUCUCGAGAGCACGCAGAAUACUAGUAAACCUCUGCGUGUCCUUCGAAGCGCUCGAAAACGAAAAGGGGAGGCUGCUGCUAUGGAGGUUUUCAACAUCAUGAGCCAAGUGCAAGAGCAACUUGCAGCUGCACCCAAUCUUGAUACGUUCUUACGAAUACUGGUGGGCGUGGUAAAGGAGUUGACCGGAUUUCACCGGGUAAUGGUCUAUCAAUUUGACCAACACUGGAACGGCAGAGUGGUGACUGAGCUCGUAGAUCCGCGCGCAACAAAAGAUCUGUACAAAGGACUGAAUUUCCCCGCCUCUGACAUACCCAAGCAAGCCCGCGAUCUUUACAAGGUCAAUAAGGUGCGUAUGCUGUAUGACCGUGAUCAGGAGACUGCUCGUCUCGUUUGUCGGACUAUGGAAGAUCUUGAAUCACCACUGGACUUGACGUACUCCUACUUGCGGGCCAUGUCUCCGAUUCACAUCAAAUAUUUGGGAAACAUGGCCGUGCGGUCAUCAAUGUCUAUCUCCAUCAACGCGUUCGAGGAGCUCUGGGGCUUGAUUGCUUGUCACUCGUAUGGAUCAAAGGGCAUGCGAGUCUCGUUUCCGAUCCGCAAAAUGUGUCGACUCGUAGGAGAUUCUGCGUCACGCAACAUUGAGCGUCUGUCGUAUGCAUCACGACUGCAAGCGCGGAAAUUGAUCAACACCGUGCCCACGCAGAGUAACCCGUCAGGCUACAUUAUUGCGUCUUCCGAGGACUUGCUCAAACUCUUCGAUGCCGACUUUGGAUUGCUAUCAAUCCGUGACGAGACAAAAAUUCUGGGGCACCUUGAAAAUGGGUCACAAGAGCCUCUGGCCAUGCUCGAGUACCUGCGAAUGCGGUGUGUCACCAACGUCAUGACAUCCCAGGACAUCAAAGAGGAUUUUCCAGAUCUUCGCUACCCACCCGGCUUCAAGGAGAUCGCUGGUCUUUUGCUUGUGCCAUUAUCCGUAGGUGGUCAGGACUUCAUCGUAUUCUUCCGAAAGGGGCAACUUAAAGAAGUCAAAUGGGCAGGCAACCCUUACGAAAAGUUCGUCAAGGAAGGCACAGAAGGCUACUUGGAGCCUCGGAAGAGCUUUCGAACCUGGAGCGAGAUGGUCGUUGGUAAAUGUCGCGAAUGGACGGAAGAGGAGAUUGAGACCGCUGCUGUACUGUGUCUCGUGUAUGGAAAAUUCAUCGAAGUCUGGAGGCAGAAGGAAGCGGCAUUGCAGAACAGCCAAUUGACGAGACUGUUGCUGGCGAAUUCCGCUCACGAGGUUCGAACGCCUCUCAAUGCUAUAAUCAAUUACCUCGAGAUUGCGCUCGAAGGCACUCUUGAUCAGGAAACGAGAGAGAAUCUGGCGAAAUCUCACUCGGCUUCGAAAUCUUUGAUCUAUGUCAUUAACGAUCUUCUGGAUCUGACAAAAACAGAGGAGGGCGGUGAGCUUGUGAAAGAUGAAGUGUUCGACCUCAGCGGUACCCUCUACGAAGCCACAGACAUGUUCAAAGGCGACGCGCGACGCAAAAACAUUUCUUACCAAGUCACAGACCAUCCCGGUCUUCCUCGACAGGUCAUUGGGGACCAGCGCAAGAUACGCCAGGCUAUUAGCAAUGUCACCGCGAAUGCGAUACAGAACACAAAAGAGGGCAGCGUCAAGGUGGACAUGUAUGUUGCCUCUCGGACUGAUAACCAUGUCGAGGUAGAGAUCAGCUUUGUCGAUACUGGUCUCGGCAUGAGUGCCAAGAAGCUCGACUCGCUAUUCCGAGAACUGGAACAAGUGCAGAGCGAGACGACUGAUUUGCUUUCCGAACCAGUUGUACCGAAGAAGUCUCUGCCGGACCCUGUGAAACCUGUCGAGGGCAGGACGCUGGGCUUGGGUCUGGCUGUCGUGGCGCGUAUCAUACGCAAUAUGAAUGGCCAGCUCCGUCUGAAAAGCGAAGAAGGCAAAGGCUCUCGGUUUGUCAUACAAUUUCCUUUCGAGAUCUCCGAAGACGAAAACAAACAGCAAGCUUUACCGGCUGAAGGCUCGCAAGGAUCAGUCACACCACAUGCUGAAAAGUCUCUGGAGCCAGUAACUCCUCCUACGGAAGAUAUGCUCACUCUCAUUGAACGGAGCAGCACCACACCGAGUGCAACUCCCGCAGCUCUCAGCCCACCUGGCAUGCCGCGUAAGCACAGCGCCGAGAGUGUUGGAAGUAGAAACAGUCUGGGCAGCUACAGGUCUGGUCGAAGCAAUAUGAGCAAGAGUUCGAACCGAAGUGGAAAGAGCGAAGCAGAUCGUUUGAUAGAAGCUAUUUCGGAGCCUCAUCGAGUCGAAGGUUGGCAUGAGAACAGCGUAAAACGAACAAACAGCCGUGGAAGUGGCGUUUCCGUGGACUCACGUCUGAACCGACGGCAUACGGGGACACGACCUGACCAGAAUAUCUCAUCGCCGAGGAAGCGAUCUGGAAGUGGAGAAAUCGCACCUGCGCCAGAAACCCUUCCAGAUAUGAAGCCUGUAAAACCUAGUCGGAGCGAUGUCAAGGAUUCUGGAAUGCCCAUUCGCGCCGUGAGGAUGCCGGACGAGUUUAGUUCAUCGCCGACACCAGAGCAACCCAUACGUCCGCCAGUGAUAAACGAGAAAGCCCCGAAUACCACCAGUAACCAACAGUCCACGGUGGACACCCUACAUAUGAAAGUACUCGUGGCUGAGGACGACCCAGUGAACAGCCGCAUCAUCAAAAAGAGAUUGGAAAGGCUCGGCCACGAGGUGACAUUGACCGUAAACGGAGAGGAUUGUGCUAGCAGCUACUGCGACCGCCCGGGCUUCUUUGACAUUGUUCUCAUGGACAUGCAGAUGCCCAUAGUCGAUGGGCUAACUUCCACUAAAAUGAUUCGUUCUUUUGAAAAGUCUCACCCUGCGCAGGUGCUCUCCACCCGCGCAGCCAUGAACGGCCGCGUGCCUAUCAUUGCCGUGUCUGCUUCCUUGAUCGAGAAGCAGAGACGUCAUUAUAUGGACAGCGGAUUUGAUGGCUGGAUCCUCAAGCCGAUCGCUUUUGGGCGACUGUCAGAGAUUAUGGAGGGCAUCGUGGAUCGUCAAGUUCGGCGGGAAAAUCUUUACCAGCCGGGUUCUUGGGAACGAGGCGGUUGGUUUAGCGAAGUGCAGAAGAAUCUCUUCGUGGCCGACACGACUCCAAGCGCGCUCCCACCUCUGACAGAACCAUCGGAAGGGGUGAAGAUUGCUGCCGUAUCCGACGAUCCUCAGGUGAAGGAAGAGAAUGACAGCGAGCAGACACGCGAACAGAUCAGACUUGCCGAGAAGCAAGAUGCGAAUGAAGGAGAGUCAGAGGCAACAGAAGUUCCCACUGGCGAUGAAGCGACUACCGACUCUGCAAAGGACUGAGCUCAUGUACAACGAACGCUUCGACGGAUUGAACUAACAGACAGCACGACACGAUUUGAUUGGUAGACCGGGCCAAGGAUAAAGAGCGACGACCAAGACCUGAACGGCAUGCGGUUCACAGGACUCAGGCUGGUUGUCAAGGGCGCAAUGAAAUAGAUGAAGGCGAUGAGCAGACUCGCCACGCAGCACAUGCGCACACGAAGCCCACAGCCUUUGUGUGGCAUGUUGUUGCAUGACACCGAACGAACCUCCAUACGCGGCGUUGAUUUCCACGAGAGGAGGGCUGUUCCACAACGUUCCCAGGGGGAGAUUGUCUAUGGACGCCCCUGGCGGUAUCCUGCGAGAGUUGCAUUGAGAGAGACUGCAGGAUGUAGGCACAGUUUCCAUCAGUUUCCAUUGCUAGCGUUCAGUUUUGAAGUCCUAUCGACAAAAACGUCAGCGCAGCGCCAGACCUAAUUCUACCACCCCUACAAACUUGUCUCAUCGUUAUCUCCUUUCAGCUGAGCUCUGCAUCGAAUGAAAGUGCCCUCCCUGCCUGGCAGAUUGCUGCAUCCCUCUAAGGCAUCGUGACUGACGAUGAUGCAGGCCUUGGGAGCAGCGUAGCGAGGCAUGCAAUGCCGUCCGGGGUGGUUUGAUAGCCAUGCCCACCAUGUACAAUACGGUAAGGUCGGUAAGGUCGGUAAGGUCGGUAAGGUAGUAGGUACAGGUAAUUGAUAUCCUCCUCUGUCUGCCGGCUGAGCCUCUGCA